AUAAUUCCGUGCGCAGAUCCGCUCUUCCUUCCUUGAGAGUUAAGAUGGCGGACCGGCGGCGACGGAGACGACGCGCCUCUCAGGACAGCGAGGAGGAGGACGAGUCCGCCUCGGGCUCCGAGGGCGGGAGAUCCCUCUCGGCCGGCCGCAAGCCUCGUGGAAGAGACCCCGAGCCGCUAGAAGCGCCAGCGGAGCGCGUCGCCCCCAAAAGCGACGCGGAGUCGGAGUGUGAAAGUGAAGAUGGCGCUGGUGAAGCGGUCUUAUCAGACUAUGACAGCGCUGAUCUGGAGGAGAACGGAUCGCACACGGAGGGAGGAGAGGAGGAGGAGGAGGGAGAGCAUAUCAGUGAAGAAGAGGCCUCACAUCCUGCCGCAGAACCGAAGCCCGCUGCAAAUGCACCGACAGAAGAGCUUGGUGAAGAGGAGGCGAGAGAUGAAGGGGCCAAGGAGGUUAAAGCUGAUGAGAAGGGGAAUCUAGCCGGGGAGCGACAGAGUGGGGAUGGACAGGAAAGCACCGAGGACCCUGAGAAUAAAUCGGGCAGCAAGCUGGACGAUGAUGAGGACCGGAAGAAUCCAGCCUACAUCCCCCGAAAAGGCCUUUUCUUUGAGCAUGACGUGAGAGGCCAGGCUACAGAGGAGGAGAGACCUAAAGGCAGGCACAGGAAGUUGUGGAAGGACGAGGGCCGUUGGGAACACGACAGAUUCCGUGAAGAGGAGCAGGCGCCAAAAUCACGCGAAGAGCUAAUUGCUUCUUAUGGCUAUGACAUUCGCAACAGCACUGGGCCGAGUGAUGGACGAUCGUACCGUUUCCGAAAACCCAGAUAUUCUGGCUCACCCAGUCGGGAGCCUAGGCGCAAUCGUGAAGGUGAAAAGUCAGUGCGUACAACGUGGCAGGUGCCUCCACCUGGCCAUCGUAAUACUGCUCCGUCUGUUACCCUGCAGUCAGGCCCACCUCCUGGUCCCCCUGCAGCACCUAAACCCUCUGGCCGACCCUCGACCCAGCCUCCACAGCGCAGCUUCCAGAGUAGUCGAGCCCUGUCGGCCCCCCACAGGACAGAAGGGCAGAGACACACGAAGCCCAGUCUAGAUGGCCCACCACCUCGAGGAGUGCGGCCACAGCCUGUGGAGGGUGAGAGGGGCCCGAGGCUCAGGGGCCGUGGUUCACAUGCUGUUCACACUGACCGUACCCCAGCCACGGUGGUGGAGGAUAUCCACAGUGUGGAGGAAGAAGAGGAGGAGGGUGAGAUUCCAACAGCCACAACUACAUACACCGCUCACCACUACAGGACGGAGAGAGAGAGGGUACCAUCUCCACGGAAACAAGAGUCUGGCCCAGCAAUGGAAGGGGGCAGUGCAGCCGGUCAGGUGCGAGAAUCGUCUCCUCAAGAGAAGCCGGUGGAAAAGAAAUCGUACUCUCUUGCGCGAAGGGCGACACGAACGCGACCGUCUGAUCUCGGUAAGCAGGCGUCAUUAGAUGACUCCUCACCCGUGGUCCAGCAAGCCCCUGUGGCAGCAAAGAGUGAGUCAUGGCAAGAGCAGAGUGAUGCUGGAACACAAGGUGGACUGACGGGGCUCGACCAGGACCUGGCUCGACUCAGCUUGGCGGGGCAGAACUGGGCCCAAAGCCCUCCCUCCUACUUGCAGGCUGAGAUGAGAGGCAUCCGUAGCUCUGUGCACAUAGCAGGAGGGCCUCCACAGUAUGGAAACAUGGAGGAUAUUGGUGUUGGUGGUGGCCGGGCUAAGCGGUAUUCAUCACAGCGCCAGAGGCCAGUUCCAGAGCCUGCACCCAUGCACAUAGGAGUCAUGGAGGGCCAUUUUUAUGAACCCAUGUCAUUCCAGGGACCAAUCUUCACACACAGUGACAGUCCAGCAGCCCUGCCCCCUCAAGGCAUGCUUGUUCAGCCUGAGAUGCACCUGCCACACCCCACCCACCCCGGACACCCAGGUUUACACCCGCACCAGUCAGGAGGGCCCUUGCCCAAUCCGGCUCUUUACGCUGCCCCACCAGUUUCUAUGUCACCUGGGCAACCGCCUCCACAGCAGCUGCUCCCCCCACCCUUCUACCCUCCACCAGGUGUCAUGACCUUUGGGAACACCAACUACCCGUACCCUGCUGGCGCUACGCUACCUCCAAUGUACCCCAAUCCCCAGGCACAGUCACAGGUCUACGGUGGUGUGACAUACUACGACACGGUACAGCAGCAAGUUCAGCCCAAACGCUCCCCGCCCCGACGCUCCUCUCAUCCUGUUACAGUCAGACCUCCCCCUCCUGAGGACCAGAGCAGAAAACCCGCUGAGGAGAUUCACUCCUAGCUGACGGAGGAUGAGGGGGCUGCGUGUCAGGACCAGCAUCGCUUUUGUAUAAAUUGAAUUCACCAUUUAGGUUUUGGCUUUAGUUUUUUUCUUUUAAUACUGUUUGUGUAUUCGUUAUGCCUUUUUUAGGUCCACUGUCUUCAUGCAGGGUUCUGUUUUGCGGGUCGUUCCUGUCUGUGGUAUAUCCAUUCAUAACCAGCGAUGUGUUUUACCAUUAUCUGCUGUUCGGCUAGGAAUUAAAUGUGCAGUCUUAAGCGGCGAGAGGUUUUUAUUUUUCUCUAAGCAGCUCCUGUAUCUCCGAUGUCUCUACUGACAGACGAGAAUUGAAAUUGUUUGAGGCUGCUGGACUUUCUGAAUCGAGUUUGUUUUAAAUCUCCAUUUACUCUUUUGGGAAAACAAAUGGAGAAAUGCACUAAGAUGAACUUGAGUAUGGGAAAAAUUGGCCCUGCAUUUUUUAAUUCUGGACUAACGGUCUCCUGUUUCACAGCUUAGAUGCUUGGAAUGGAGCAAUGAAGCCUGCAGACUGCUGUCAUACAUGGUAAUGAUCUUCAAAUGCACAAAUCCAAGACCAUUUUGGGUCAAAUUAAAGCCAAUUUUGCAUGUUUUUUGUCCGUUUAAAAGUGACUGCUUAACCUGCCGUGAUGGUGCUUAGUCCCAUUUCAGACUGGGGCUGAACCCCUCAAACCUCCUCUCUUCAUCGGUGUCUUGUAUCUUUAGACAUUGUGCUGUGUUGAAUUCAAUACUGUAAUUAUUAAAGUGAACAGUUAACCUUGCCAGAUACUGACCUACUUGACAGUGUAACUUGCUUGAUUAGCUUUCUAUUGUAAGUGUACAUAUUAAAGUAUAUUGAAGCCAGUGGUUUAACGAAUAAUACGAAGAACUAGUCAUUUCUGAAAUGCUGUCAAUAUGAACAAAGGCAGCAGGGAAAUCUAGCCUAAGCCUCUGUUUCUUUCAUUUUUUUAAUUUUAAUUUCUAUAAUUAAUCUGCAAUUCAAUUUUUUUUUUAGGCACACUGUACAGGCAUGCAUGGUUUUAUAGAUAUAUUUCAUUGUGAAAGCAAUUUUAGAUGGCAACCUUGGCUUUGAGCUGUUAUUCUUUGCCCCACUGUGGGAGUGCUAUGGAUGCAUCUUUUUCAAUUGUUCCCUUUAUGAUUGUUUCCGUCUGAAAAAAUCUAACAGUAUAACUGAGAUGUUGUCGUUCCCAACAUUGUUUAGACAUGGCUCAUAAAGACUAUUAGAAGAUGUUUUAUUACUUUCUAUGCCUUAAAGAGUUAAUUGGUUUGACAUAUCUGUUUUUGUUUGAUUAGACCUGACAACACUGUGAGGGCUUGUAUGUUUCAUAGUUGUUUGAAUAAUAUUCAAAUCGUUUAGUUUUAUUUUGGGGAGUAGUGUCAGGAGAUGAAAUUAAACAAGAACUGAAUAUAACAA